AUGCUCCUAUCCAAUACCCUCACUGUUCUUUCAGCAGAGGCUGAUAUGGAGCAUUUGAAUCAAGCACUGUCAUAUGGCACGCAGCAUAUUCCUGUCAUUGCUACGUAUGUCGUGUACCCUGCUUACACAAAUUUCGGAAUGGCUGAUCCAUACAAGUGGAACACCACAUACUCCACUACCAAGGCUCCCUCUAAAGAGCCUGCUCCCGAUUUUGAACCUUUCAACUUCCUCCUCACGCACACUAUUUGCCUGGUCACAGCAUACUCAGAGUCUGUUGAGGGUCUUCGUACAACCCUCGACUCCCUCGCCACGACAGACUAUCCUAACAGCCACAAACUCAUUCUGGUCAUCGUGGAUGGUAUAGUCAAGGGUGCUGGGAACACAAUGACCAUGCCAGAGAUCUGUCUGUCGAUGAUGAAAGACUUUAUCAUCCAACCCCAUGAUGUCGAGACGCACUCCUAUGUCGCCAUUGCAGAUGGGCACAAGCGUCACAACAUGGCCAAGGUCUAUGCCAGUUUCUACGACUAUGAUGAUGCCUCAGUUGAACGGUCGAAGCAGCAGUGCAUCCCCAUGGUUGUCGUCGCUAAGGUUGGCAACCUGCUUGAAGCUAAUGAUGCAAAACCUGGAAACAGAGGCAAGCAUGACUCACAGAUCGUGCUCAUGGCGUUCUUGCAGAAAGUCAUGUUUGAUGAGCGGAUGACGACAUUUGAGUAUGAGUUCUUCAACUAUAGCAAGGUGUUCCUGGAUUCGCUAACGUGCAUGGUAUCAUGUAUGGUUGUGGAUAUUGAGAUCAUGGGGCUGUGUGGAGAGAUGAAGAUUGCGAACAAGGCGGAUAAUUUCAUGACAAUGAUGCAGGUCUUCAAAUACUACAUCUCACACCUUCCGCGUGUUGCUCUCCCAAUGUCGUCGCUGGAUUAA